AUGUGUUUUGGAAGGUGUGCUAGAUGUGUUGGUUAUAAGUUGCUCAUCCUUGCCCUCCUCUGCAUUGUGGCCAACAUUUUACUUUAUUUUCCCAAUGGCGAAACAAGAUUUGCUUCAGAGCAUCACCUCAGCAAAUAUGUGGAGUGCCUUCAUGGCAUUCUAGGUGGAGGCUUUCUGGUACUCAUUCCAGCUGCGGUGUUCAUUGGGCUUCACAAUGACGACUGCUGUGGCCACGAGGGCUGUGGAAAGAGCUGUGUGAUGCUGUCCUCAGUUCUGGCAGCCUUUGUUGGGAUCCUUGGCUCUGGAUACUGUAUAAUAAUUUCAGCACUGGGCUUGUCUCAAGGACCAUAUUGUCUUACCCACCUAGAAAGAAACUGGAUCUAUCCUUUCACUGACUCCUCUGGAGGGUACUUGUUUGAGUAUAACAAGUGGUCGGACUGUCAGGAACCUCAAAACAUUGUGCAGUGGAACAUCACUCUCUUUUCCAUCCUCCUUGUUUUGGGAGGAAUAGAAUUCAUUCUGUGCUUCAUACAGAUAAUCAAUGGUAUUCUUGGAGGACUGUGUGGAUUGUGCUGCAGUCAUGAGGAGACAUAUGUUUGCUAGAAACCUGACAAUGUGUUGACAUCAGUGCAUGUGUGUGCUGUAAUGAAUAUACUGUGGAUUUUUUUUAAACAUUCCAGGCAAACUAAAAUACACAUUGUUGUCAAACUGU